ACUUUCCUCAUAUAAUUAUUUUAUGAUGGAGCGAAAUUCGACGAGCCUUUAAACCAUUCAAGGGAAGCAAAUAAGAACGCAAAGCACCGCGAGAGCGAAAAUUGAAACGCGGCUCCCUUCUCUUUGAAUUUUCCGGCCAUAAAUUCACCGAAAAUUGUAUUAUGACAUCAUGGUCCCACCGGUUCUCCGGCGGUACCGCCUCAUUCGGCGGUCCUUUUCGAUUACGGAAACAACCGCGAAGCCUCCCGGAGAUGAGCAUUUAUAGAAACGCUGAUUUACGGUCCGGGUGUGGAUGUGUAAUUCUACGUGCACCGAAGCACCGGCGGCUGGAGGCGGUGGCGCCGUCGGGAGCUUGGGAUCUAUCGGAUAGCGGAGAGGAGGAUAGGGUGAAGCCCUGCUCAUAUGCAGUGGGAGAUCAGAGAGUGGAGGAUUUAGCGGAGGGGAAUAGCGGCGAGAUCUUGGAGAAUAUUAGGGCGGAGAAAUCGAGGAGAAGCAAUCGGAAGGUGGAGAUAGUGGUAGCCGCGGCGUUAACGGUGAUUUUCGGUGUGGCCAAUCGGGUGCUGUACAAGCUCGCUUUGGUUCCUCUGAAGCACUACCCGUUCUUUCUCGCUCAGCUCGCCACUUUCGGGUAUGUAAUUGUUUACUUUUCUAUUUUGUAUCUACGGUAUCACGCUGGCAUUGUUACGGAUGAGAUGCUUUCCACACCGAAGGCCCCAUAUAUUGUUGCUGGCCUCUUGGAAGCUCUUGGUGCUGCAACGGGGAUGGCAGCAGCAGCCAUUCUUUCUGGAGCAUCUAUUCCAGUAUUGUCUCAGACUUUCCUUGUGUGGCAAAUUCUCUUGUCAACUAUUUUCCUUGGGCGGAGGUACAAGACCAGUCAACUUUUCGGAUGCUUUUUUGUUACCAUUGGUGUAAUCAUUACUGUUGCGAGUGGUUCCAACGCUGGGAAUUCCUUGAAGGAAGCCGGUAUAUUUUGGAGCCUUUUGAUGAUAAUCUCAUUCUUGUUCCAAGCAGCUGAUACAGUUUUGAAGGAAAUCAUCUUCUUGGAUGCUUCCCGUCAAUUGAAGGGAAGAACGAUUGACUUAUUUGUUGUAAAUUCCUUUGGAUCUGCUUUCCAGGCAGUUUUCAUACUCGCUCUCCUACCGUUCUUGUCUAAAUUAUGGGGCAUUCCGUUUACUCAACUGCCAAGCUAUCUUAGAGAUGGCGCGGCCUGUUUCCUAAAUUAUGGUUCUUUAAGCGGAUGUGAUGGCGCACCGUUGCUACCUCUUCUUUUUAUUCUUGUAAAUAUAGGGUUUAACAUUUCAUUGUUGCAUCUUCUCAAGAUCUCAUCUGCCGUGGUUUCUUCUCUUGCAUCCACAUUUUCAGUGCCGAUAUCAGUCUAUAUGUUCACCUUGCCACUCCCAUACAUCGGUGUCGCUUCCGCUCUUCCAUCAGGAUUCGUAGCUGGAGCUGUAAUUCUUGUUUUGGGCUUGCUUAUCUAUGCAUGGACACCAUCAGGAUCGUCGGAUACUAACAACGCCACCCCUCACGUCCCUAUCACUUAAAAUCAAAAUAUAGAAUAUCAACUUAUGCAUCACUGCCGCGAAGAUGUGCAGUGGAGCUCGUCGGUGAGUUAGAACGAACAUCGCGUUCUUCUUGUUCUCCCUUCUUACAUUCAUCCAAUAAAAGGUCUAGUCCAUCGCUCGAGUGGCAGCACUUGGCUGCAUGUUUCCAUAAUGAAGUAGAGGGUCAUUUGUAAGUUAAUUAGGAUCGUAGAACAGAAAUAUAUUGUGAUAGUCGUACAAUUAGUGAGCUCUUGUGAUUUAUGAAGAGCAAGAAAUUUAAUUUAAGGAAAACUAUGAUAUGUAUAUUGUACCAUUAUAUUUGUAGGCACCACAAUUUUCCAUUGAUGUUUGUAGCUUGUGGUGGGAAGGGCCCCCGUAAAGCUUUUGUAUAAUUAGCCAUUUUGUAACAUUAAAUCAAUGUUGUGUACGUGGUUUUCUUCUUGCUGAAA